UCGGGAGCCGCUGCGGAGGAAGUGCGAGCGUGUGCCUGUGUGUUCGGGUCUGUGUGUGCGGUGGGGCUCGGCCAUGUCUACCGACUGAGACGUGCGCGCGGGCGUCGGCCAGCUGUCCUCCAGGAAAAGCAUUCUGAGGAGGAGGAAGAAUUACCACAGAUCGUAAAAUCAAGUCUCCAAAUCAGCCGUUAUCUCAUGACCCAGAGCUCCCCCAAUGCCACCCAUCACCUGGUUGGUCUUUCUGGCGUGGCCAGCUCCCACCCUAAGAUGCGAUGUGGCCUGCCCCUACCCAGAACAAAGACACUGCUUUCAGAUCUGGCUUCUCUGGAUUUUGUGUCUUCACUAAAGGAGACCCUGAGAGGACCGAUCAGUCCUUGAAUUCUAAAACGAUGGCCCACGGUGUGGUGACAUUCUCAGAUGUAGCCAUAGACUUCUCUCAGGAGGAGUGGGCAUGCCUGGACUCUGCACAGAGGGACCUGUACUGGGACGUGAUGCUGGAGAACUACAGCAACUUGGUCUCGCUGGAUUUGGAGUCACCAUAUGAGACCAAGAGUUUACCUACACAAAAGGGCAGUUAUGAGAUACAUUUUUCCAAACGGAACUCAAAUAGAAAAAGUAGAUCCCUUGGCCUUGACUGGAUGUGUGAAGGUGAGUUUGAAGGACCACAGGCCCCUCGAGAGGGGUAUAUCAAUCAAAUGAUAAACAACUGUGGGAAAACACCCACUUGCAGAGAAAAUACCUCUGUCCGACCACAUCAGAGACUUCACAACAGGGAAAAUUCCUAUGAAUGUAAGGAGUGUGGGAAGGCCUUUAGCCGAGGCUAUCAGCUUACUCAGCAUCAGAAAAUUCACACCGGUGAGAAACCGUACGAAUGUAAAGAGUGUAAAAAGGCCUUCCGUUGGGGUAAUCAACUGACUCAGCAUCAAAAAAUCCACACUGGUGAGAAACCUUACGAGUGUAAGGACUGCGGGAAGGCGUUUCGGUGGGGUUCAAGCCUCGUUAUUCACAAGAGAAUUCACACGGGCGAGAAGCCCUACGAGUGUAAAGACUGCGGGAAGGCCUUCAGACGCGGCGAUGAGCUCACCCAGCAUCAGAGAUUUCACACUGGUGAGAAAGACUAUGAAUGCAAAGACUGUGGGAAGACCUUCAGCCGAGUGUAUAAACUGAUUCAGCAUAAGAGAAUCCACAGUGGCGAGAAACCGUACGAAUGUAAAGACUGUGGGAAGGCCUUUAUUUGUGGUUCCAGCCUCGUUCAGCACAAGAGGAUUCACACCGGUGAGAAGCCCUAUGAGUGCCAAGAGUGUGGGAAGGCCUUUACGCGCGUCAACUAUCUCACUCAGCAUCAGAAGAUUCACACCGGUGAGAAGCCCCACGAGUGUAAGGAAUGCGGGAAGGCCUUCCGUUGGGGUUCGAGUCUCGUGAAACACGAGAGGAUUCAUACGGGGGAGAAGCCGUAUAAAUGCGCAGAGUGCGGGAAGGCCUUUAACUGUGGCUACCACCUUACUCAGCACGAGAGAAUCCACACCGGCGAAACGCCUUACAAAUGUAAGGAAUGUGGAAAGGCCUUUAUUUAUGGCUCAAGCCUGGUCAAACAUGAGCGAAUUCAUACAGGGGAGAAACCCUAUGCGUGUAAGGAGUGUGGGAAGGCCUUCAGCCACGGCCAUCAACUUACACAGCAUCAGAAGAUUCAUACUGGGGAGAACCCCCCCGAGUGUAAGGAAUGUGGAAAGGCGUGUGGCCACGGCAGCCAUCCUGCAGAACGUCAGAGAAUUCACACUGUUGAGAAACCUUUUGCGUACAAAGAACGUACAGAGGCCUCUCUCCAACAUUCUUUUCUUCCCCAACACGAGGGAAAUUUGUGAUGAGAUUUAACACAAGAAAGCCUUCCCUGGUCGCUCUUCUGCUUAUAGAACAUCAGAAGUCACAUGAGAGGUGAAUUUGGAGAAUGGAAAAAUCACCUUUUCUUAUUGAUCACAGCAUACUCCGUUGUCGAUGGUUUUCUACUGGCUAGUUUCGUGAGUACGUAGAAACUUUCCAGUCCCUUUUCAUCGCUGUCGUAUUUCAGGUUUGUUCGGAGGUCAGUGUCUGCUGAGGGAGGGUGGGUGGGAGAGCCCUCCUCCUGGUACCUGCCCCUACCUGUGACCGUCACCAUCCCACCUCUUUGCUCCGUGUAAGACACCGGGACAGUUAGCUGUUACUCCCUGUGCGUUAUUUGUGAAAUGGGGAUAAUCACACCUACCUGAAACUGCCGUGGUGGUGAUUAAAUGAGUUUGGUACAUGUAAAUUCCUCGAAUCUGGAAUAUUGUGUAAGCUUAGUAAACAUUAGCUGUUGUUCUCAUUACCACUAGCGUUGCUAUUAGUGAAUUUUUACAAGAAGACCCAUUGUGGCAGUGAGUUGAGAAAAGACUAUCAAACUUCUAGAGGAAAAUAUAGGGACUUCCCUGCCAGUUCAGUGGUUAAGACUCCACACUUCCACCACAAGGCACAGGUUCCAUCCCUGGUCAGGGAACUGAGAUCCCUCAAGCCACAUGGUGCAGCCAAAAAAAAAAAAGAAGAAGAAAAUAUAGGAGAUUAUUGUCACAACCUUGGGAUAGACAGCAUUUCUUAGUAUACAGAAGACACUAAAUAGAAAAUAAAAAGUUAUUAGGUUGGACUUCAUCAAAAGUACAAAGCUCUGAUCAUCAAAUGACACCUUCAAGUUGGUGAAAAAGCAAGAAGUGGACUGGAAGAAGAUAUUUACAUAAACCUGACAAAGGAUUCACAAAGAAAGGACAAAAAGAAUCUUUCAAGUCAAUGAUAAAACAACAAAUCAAUGAUAAUGUAACAAAUCAGUUAAAAGCUGGAGGGAGACUUACGUAAGCACUUAAGGUCACCAAAUGGGGGCUUCCCUGGUGGCCAGUGGUUAAGAAUCCACCUGCCAAUGCAGAGGACACAGGUUCGAUCCCUACUCCAGGAAGAACCCACAUGCCACAGAGCAACUAAGCCCGUGCGUAAAACAAAACAAAACAAAACAAAAAAAUCACCAAAUGGCAAAUAAGUGCAGAUGUGUUAAACGUCAUUACUCCUCAAAGAUACGCAAAGUAAAAUCACCACGUGAUGUCACUAGAUACCAGGAUUGGUGACAUUAAAAUUGCUUACGAGCCAACAUUAAAAUUGCUUAUGAGCCA